GGAGAACCGGGAAUCGCGGGCUUCAAAGGCGAGCAGGGACCCAAGGGUGAGACGGGCCCCGCGGGACCCCAAGGUGCCCCCGGGCCGGCGGGCGAGGAAGGCAAGAGAGGAGCCCGCGGCGAACCCGGCGCUGCCGGUCCUUUGGGACCCCCGGGAGAAAGGGGCGCUCCCGGCAAUCGCGGCUUCCCGGGACAGGACGGGCUGGCCGGACCCAAGGGAGCUCCGGGCGAGCGCGGCCCCGCCGGGCUGGCUGGUCCCAAAGGAGCCACCGGCGACCCCGGACGGCCCGGAGAGCCCGGACUGCCCGGAGCCAGG